AGAUUCAGAUCCAUCAGAUUCAUCCGGAAUGGCAGCGCUCCUUGAAUGAAGAAGAUUAGGAAAUGAAUAGGAAAGAAUCCCUAGAAGAGCUGCAGGAUGGAAACAACAACAGGCUUCAUCUAUGACGAUGAUGGAGACCCCUGCACAAAAAAUGAAGUAAAAUUCACCGGAGCACAAUUGUUGCCACCCCUCUACUCGUUGGUGCUCAUCUUUGGCUUUGCGGGAAAUGGUCUGGUUGUUCUGAUCUUGAUAAAAUACAAGAAACUGAAAACCAUGACUGACAUCUACCUCCUCAACCUGGCCAUUUCCGAUUUACUGUUUCUCUUCACCCUCCCGUUUUGGGCUUACUACGCGGCAGACCAGUGGCUGUUAGGAGACGCCGCCUGUAAGAUCUUUUCCGGACUUUACUACCUUGGCUUUUACAGCGGGAUCUUUUUCAUCAUCCUGUUGACCCUAGACCGGUACCUGGCGAUCGUCCAUGCCGUGUUCGCUUUAAAAGCCAGGACCGUCUCCUGCGGCACCGUGACAAGCAUCUGCACCUGGGCCGUGGCCCUGUUAGCCUCCGUUCCCGGGUUACUCUUCAACAGAUCCCAGAAGGCGGAGGACCGGUAUGUUUGCAGCACUUAUUUUCCGACGGGCCAGGAUUUGGCUUGGAAGACUUUCCAGACUCUCCAGAUGAACAUCCUGGGACUCGCCGUGCCGCUGCUGGUCAUGAUCGUGUGCUACACGGGAAUUAUCAAAACGCUGCUGAGGUGUCGGAAUGAGAAGAAGAAGUAUAAGGCGGUCAGGCUCAUUUUUCUGAUCAUGCUCAUUUACUUUCUUUUCUGGGCCCCCUACAACCUCGUCCUUCUCCUCAACACUUUCCAAAGCUCCUUUGGCCUGAACAACUGCGACAGCUCCAACAGACUCGACCGAGCGAUGCAAGUGACAGAGACUCUGGGGAUGACCCACUGCUGCAUCAACCCCGUGAUUUAUGCCUUCGUGGGUGAAAAGUUUAGGAGAUACGUUUCUCUGUUUUUCCAAAAGCAUGUCGUCAAGCGCUUCUGCAAAAGCUGUCCCAUGCUCUAUAGUGAGACGGCCGAUCGGACAAGUUCAACUUAUACCCGAUCCAGCGGAGAACAGGAAUUCUCCGCAGGCUUGUAAUGGGGAACCAGAGCUUCCUACCCCAAAUCCUUCUAAGGAAUCCAAAUCUCAGGACCAGCCUUAUUUUAAAAAGGGAAUCAAAUUCCUCUAAAACUUUUAUAAAAGUGCCAGGGCACUCGCCACCCGCCCAGCAAACAGCGAUUAGACUGGUGGUACUAGCAGGCACGAAACCUUUGGAUGGGGUGUACAUUUGAAAAAAAAGAUCAAGCUGAAACUUCAAAUCAGUGUCCUGAACUCUGAGUUCUGCUUUCUUACUCCUCCACCCUGCUCCCUGCCUCGUUAGUGUGGCCUAAUGGGUAGAGCAGGAGCGUGGAAGUCAGGAGACCUGGGUUCUAACUCCGGUUCCGCCACUUGCUUGCUGUGUGACCUUGGGCAAGUCACUUUUCAGAACCUCAGUCUUCCUUAUCUGUAAAAGACACCUGUUCUCCAGCCUCUUAGACCGUGAGCAUCUGAUUUUAUCCUAUAUCUACCCCAGCACUUAGCACAGUGCUUGGCACGCAGUAAGUUUUAAGAAGUAUCACAGUUUCAUUUUAAUUACUGUAAAAACUGAAUUUGUUCUGCUAUUGCACUGUGGGUACCAUUGUCCUUUAAAUUAUCAUUCAUAAAGACAAAUAUGUCAAUAAAAUAAAAAUAUGUGACAGAAAAAAA